AUGAAGUCUCAUUCUAAUUCUGAAAGUAUUCAUGAAUAUGCACAGACCCUGAAAGGAGGAAUGCAGGUGGUGCUGCUGGGGGAAGGCUGCGUGGGGAAGACGUCGCUGGUGCUGCGCUACUGCGAGAACAAGUUCAACGACAAGCACAUCACCACUUUGCAGGCAUCGUUCUUAACAAAGAAGUUAAACAUUGGUGGAAAAAGAGUAAACCUUGCUAUAUGGGAUACAGCAGGUCAAGAGAGAUUCCAUGCAUUGGGUCCAAUUUACUACAGAGAUUCAAAUGGAGCUAUUUUAGUUUAUGAUAUAACAGAUGAAGAUUCUUUUCAGAAGGUAAAAAACUGGGUCAAAGAAUUGCGGAAAAUGUUGGGAAAUGAAAUCUGUUUAUGUAUAGUUGGUAAUAAAGUAGACUUGGAAAAGGAGAGACAUGUGUCCAUUCAAGAAGCAGAAUCGUAUGCAGAAUCUGUGGGAGCAAAACAUUAUCAUACAUCAGCCAAACAGAACAAAGGAAUUGAGGAACUCUUUCUUGACCUCUGUAAAAGGAUGAUAGAAACAGCACAAGUGGAUGAGAGGGCAAAAGGCAAUGGCUCCAGUCAACCAGGAGCUGCUCGGCGAGGUGUACAGAUUAUUGAUGAUGAACCUCAAGUCCAGAGCGGUGGUGGAGGGUGCUGUUCUUCUGGAUAACUGUUCACACCUCAGAAAUUAAAACAAACUGUGGAUCAUUGCCCUCAACAUGAAGACUGCCAUAUUCCAAGUCACAUUAUUUUACCAAUGGAAUUAUAGAAUUAACAGUAUUUUAAAUUACGUUUAUAACACUGCAGAGACCUUAAGUGCUAAACUUAGUGGAGUUUGUGACCAGAGAAUUGGCAUUUUCUACAAAUGUUAACAAAGCAAUUACCAAUGGCCUUUUUACAUAUUUUUUUCUUUAAUAAGGAAUAAUAUGCAUGUAGAAAAGACCUACUUAAAGGCUUCAUUUAUAUUCUUUUAAAUCAAAUCUUUAUUUAAUAACUUAUAUAUGUUGUUGGAAUGGUAUACAUUUUGCAGCCCUUUGUAUUUUGUGGUAGUUUGAACUGUAUCACUUCCAAACAGUAAACUGUUUUUGUUUUUGUUUUUUAAUUAGCAAAUACCCGAAGUACUAUUUUUGCAGGGUUUGCACAGGCCCCUAUAACUGUCUACUACUUUGAUAUAAUCUAUAUACAUCCUGUAUGCUGAGCUGGUAAAAUACAUUGUAAAUUACAUAUUAAAUAUUUUAUCUGCUUUUACAAGCGCAAGGUGCAAAAGUAUAUACAGUAGUCUCAUUGAUGACUGUAAAGUGAUUAACAUUUGAUGAUAAUGCCUAAGCUUUCUGACUCUGAUAUAUAAAGAUCAUAGCUCCCUUCACUUUUGUCUUAACUUGAAAGUGGCGUGUUUAAAUUUUCACAAAUACUUUACUUGAAUUAUUGCUGUUGUCACAUGUUUUGGCCUCUGUAAGUUCAACCGAUGAUCGAGCAGCGGCAUUUGCCUUUUGGUUUGGGUUUUAUUUGUUUGUUUGUUUUUAUAAAAGAGAUGACUUCUGCCAAUUUUGCUUUAGAAUGGUUAUAUUAGAAAUAUUUGAGUGGAGCAUGCUGAGUUUCACUUUUUCAACGGCUUUGGUUUUCUCUUAAGCUUCAUAUGAGAAGGGUUAAUUGAUGUAAGAAGAGAAAAAGGGGUCCCAGACAGUAGCCACUCACCAAGACUAAUUCAUGCAGCAUGUUAGUGGUAGUUUAUGCUCCUGAGACAGCACUUUUAGAUCUUUUGUGAGCAAGUUGUAUUUGCUUAGUGCUUGCCAGAGAUGAACACAGAAAAUUUUGUUUAAUUUUAUAAGAGCUGUUUUGAGUUUCUGUGAAGGGAAACAUUUCAUGAAAUGCAGUUACAGAGAACACUGGAAAGAUUUAUUAUAAAAUUAUAUUCUUGUAUACUUUGUAAAUUAGUCUCUCAUUAGAUUUUUUUUUUUUAUUAAGCAUAGGACUGAACUUAAAUUUGUUAAUUUUAAUAUAAUCAGGCACUGCUCACAGAAGGAACACAAAUGGUAGACAUUAACAUAAAUUGUUUUUGCUCUAAUAUAUAUAUUUUUCCAUUUCUGUCAUGCUUGGAAAACUAGUAAAUGUUAUGUCUAAGAUAAAA